GCAUGCAGCCUGGGAAAACCUCCCUUCCCACUGUGCCCCAGAAAACCGAGUCCCAUAGGAUCAGGGUAGGGAGUGCACACACAGGUGGCAACCAAAGGACAGUCCCCUUCUCAUUGUGGGCUUUAUGGGCAGAGAAACCCCAAACCCACAUCUCUACAGGACAGGAUCUGGGCCAGCCCUGUCCUUCCCUGCAUUCCCAAGUUAGGAGUGCUGAGUGAAGCAAAGGAAACUGGCUGGAGCUGAGCCAGGUUGCCAGUCUUGGACGCGGCUCCAUCUUUUAUUCAGAGAAUGACCUCAUCCUUGGUCCUGGUUCUUUAAAAGAAAGUGGAGGGGUCUCUUUCCUGCAGCCUGGCUUGCACUUUUAUCACCCCACUCUCCUACAUAGUAUCAAAGAAUCAGAAUCAGACUUCACCUACAGAAGAUUCCCAGGCUUUAGGACAUAGAGCCAAUACCACAUUUGUCCCCUUUUUGUCCUAUAUUAUCAAUUUAGCCUCUGACCCAGUUAGCUCCUCCUCUCCACUGCAUUUAACUUCUAAUUACCCUUGCCCUACCCUCGGCCCUCCCUAAUUACCCUUAUACCUCCCCUCCCCCAGCCCCAGCUUCAUUUACCUCCGACUCAUCUGGUCUUAUUUUUAGCUCCGGCAUCUCUCCUCUUCCUUUCUUAAUAUGGCGAUGAGCUCUUAGGCCAGCAUGGGGACUGGGGCUGAGGUGCCCUGGACACUGGAGGAGGGGGAGGGAAGGAGCCCCUGGGAGCCUGGGGUAGAAGUGUAGGAGGUGGGAGGAUUCCGGCCCGCAUGGAGCUGUCCUGGCCUCAGAAGGUUAUCCGUCUCUCCUGCCAACCAUGGAGACAUAUUUAGACAGGACCAGGUGGGGACUGAGGGGUGCCAAUUUCAGGGGGCAGCUCCGGUUCCCUCCCCGCCCCCUGCUCCUAUUCCUCCUCCUGACCCUUUUCCCUUGGCUCUGUCGGCAGUUUCUCCAGGACCCAGCAGUGCCCUCGGUCCACUGCUCUGGGCCAUCCCCCAAUUCCCCCUCCCACUUGAACCCCUAACUCAGAAUCUGGGACCCAGGGGCCCCUCCCUACCCCAGCUAACCUCUUCUGGACCAGGAGAGCCAACCCAGAUCCCACUACCUCCAUGAGUGCUACAGACAGGAUGGUGCCCAGAGCUGUGCCGGGUCUGUGGCUGGCACUGCUGUUGCUGCUGGUGCUAGGGACACCCAAGUCAGGGGUACAGGGGGAGGAAGGGCUGGACUUCCCUGAGUACGAUGGUGUGGACCGUGUGAUCAAUGUCAAUGCAAAGAACUACAAGAAUGUGUUCAAGAAGUAUGAGGUGCUGGCACUCCUCUACCAUGAACCCCCCGAGGAUGACAAGGCCUCACAAAGACAAUUUGAGAUGGAGGAGCUGAUCCUGGAGUUAGCAGCCCAAGUCCUAGAAGACAAGGGUGUUGGCUUCGGGCUGGUAGACUCUGAGAAGGAUGCAGCUGUGGCCAAGAAACUAGGCCUAACUGAAGUGGACAGCAUGUAUGUAUUCAAGGGAGAUGAAGUCAUUGAGUACGAUGGCGAGUUUUCUGCUGACACCAUCGUGGAGUUUCUGCUUGAUGUCCUAGAGGACCCUGUGGAAUUGAUUGAAGGUGAACGAGAGCUGCAGGCGUUUGAGAAUAUUGAGGAUGAGAUCAAACUCAUUGGCUACUUCAAGAGCAAAGACUCAGAGCAUUACAAAGCCUUCGAGGAUGCAGCUGAGGAGUUUCAUCCCUACAUCCCCUUCUUCGCCACCUUCGACAGCAAGGUGGCAAAGAAGCUGACCCUGAAGCUGAAUGAGAUUGAUUUCUAUGAGGCCUUCAUGGAAGAGCCUGUGACCAUCCCAGACAAGCCCAAUAGCGAAGAGGAGAUUGUCAGCUUCGUGGAGGAGCACAGGAGAUCAACCCUGAGGAAACUGAAGCCGGAGAGUAUGUAUGAGACCUGGGAGGAUGACAUGGAUGGAAUCCACAUUGUGGCCUUCGCAGAGGAAGCUGAUCCUGAUGGUUUCGAGUUCUUAGAGACUCUCAAGGCUGUGGCCCAGGAUAACACUGAAAACCCAGAUCUUAGCAUCAUCUGGAUUGACCCUGACGACUUCCCCCUGCUGGUCCCAUACUGGGAGAAGACGUUUGACAUCGACUUGUCAGCCCCACAAAUAGGAGUCGUCAAUGUUACUGAUGCGGAUAGCGUAUGGAUGGAAAUGGACGAUGAGGAGGACCUGCCUUCUGCUGAGGAGCUGGAGGACUGGCUGGAGGAUGUGCUGGAAGGCGAGAUCAACACAGAGGAUGAUGACGAUGAUGAUGAUGACUAGUUGCUAUGGCAACCAUCUUUCAGCCCCACUGGUCUUUUCAUGCUCUCUCCUGCCUUCCCUUGUCCUUCCCUGAGUUCCUCCAGGGAGACUAGGUUAUUCUCUGCCAUAGAGCUAACCGGGGUCUAUACGCUGAGUGCUGAGACCCUGAUCCCCCUCAUUUGAUGAGCAAAUGAGCUACUUUUCCCUAGACACCAGGCCAGCUCUCUCUUAUCUGACUUCUGUUUCUUAUCCCAUAACUUACUUGUAUCUAUUAUGUGUCUCUUCCGUCACUCUCCAUACUCUUUCUUGUGAUUCUCCUCUAGCCAUAUAUAUGGGCCCCAUCUCUGUUCUGUUCCCUCCAUCUAUGCACAGCUUUCCCCCACUCUCUCUAAUCCUGUAUCUUUCUGACUGUCCUGUCCUUGGCCAGAAGGAAGGGAGAAUACUGUGUUUGGGACUGUAUCUCAGUAAUCACUUGUUAAUGUAUUUGGGUCAAAUGAGAGGCCUCAAUAAAGACAUCUGGGGCAGCAUGAA